UUUCCCAGUGGAGCUGGAGAACAGGCUUCAAUGAAAACUGCCUGUUCGCAGCUAUAUGGAGAUUGCAGGCACCACAAUCACUAUUUCCUCUACCUGACCUGGAGCAGAAACUCCAUCAUCAGGAUAGAAAGGUAGCCUUGUUGCCUAGCAAAGGUGGGAUGAUUUAUCUCUGUCUCUAGAUUGGUCCCUUUUCUUUGCUGCACAAGAGAAUUGUUUUCAGACUUCCAAGGAGAAUGAAGCCAGGCUAGAAAUCGGAGUGGAUGUGUGAGAGCUGCUCUCCCAGGGAGGAGAAGGAGUCACAGGCUUUCUGUGCUUUUUGUGCCUGUACAGCGCAGGACAAUGGUUUUAUCUGCCCCAGUUAUAGCCCUGGGGGCUACCUUAGGGACUGCAACUAGCAUCCUUGCCCUCUGCGGUCUCACCUGCUUCUGCAAAUGCAAGCAACCUGGGAAAGGACUCUCAGAAAAGGACCAAGAGGAGGACACGGAAAAUGCUAAGCCCAGUGUGCUUCAACCAGUCCAGCAAUUCAACGUUAAGAAAACUGCAGAGCCAGUACAGCCUCGAGCACUCCUGAAGUUUCCCAACAUUUAUGGCCCCAAACCAGUCGUAACUUCACCUGAAAUUGUUAACUACACACAGUACUCCCUGAAGACAACCGAAGAACCAGCUACUGGAAAACAUACUGGUUUGGAUGAGAACAGGAUGAAGAUACAAGUCAACGAAGAGCUGUUUGUUCUCCCUCAAAACGUUGCAGGUGUAGUAAAGGACGUGUGUGUCACGGAGCACUUGAACCCCGAGCGGGCAGCCAGCUGUAACCAGGCUCCUGAGCUGCGCUACUCCCUUGUGUAUGACCAAGAAAAAGCUGAGCUGCGUGUGGCCCUUCUGGAAGCUAUGCAUGGCAGAAUGAGUGGGGACCAAGACGCUGGCUGCCAUUGCUACAUACUGGGAACACUGGUGAGCAAGUCCGGUGUUGCUGAGGCCCAGACAGAGCUGAAGAAGAAGGUGCUUCACACCCUCUGGGAGCAGGUCCUGCGAUUCCCAUUAACAGAGGAGGAGAUGCCAGAGGGGACACUGACUCUCACCCUGAGAAACUGUGACAAGUUCUCCAGACACAGCAUUGUGGGGGAACUCAAACUGAGCCUUGCUAACACAGAGGAGUCCUUUGGGAUGGCCCAGUGGGAAAGGCUAAAGACCCCAGAGAAGGAGCCGUCUACAGGCCAUGGGGAGGUUCUGCUCUCUAUCAGCUACUUGCCAGCAGCUAACCGCCUGCUGGUGGUGAUUAUUAAGGCUAAAAAUCUCCAUUCCAAGCAGCUGAAAGAUCUACUUGGCAAUGAUGUUUCUGUCAAGGUGACACUGAGGCAUCAGUCCUUGAAGCUGAAGAAGAAGCAGACCAAACGCGCAAAACACAAGAUCAACCCUGUGUGGAAUGAGAUGAUCAUGUUUGAGGUGCCUCAUGAGCUCCUGCGUGCCUCCAGCGUGGAGCUGGAAAUGCUGAGCCAGGAUGGUGCUGGGCAAAGCCAUGUGCUGGGCAAGUGCAGCCUGGGCUUACAUGUCACCGGCACAGAGAGGAGCCACUGGGAAGAAAUGCUGAGGAACCCCAGGAGACAGAUAGCCAUGUGGCACCAGCUCCACAUGUAGGUUCAUUACGAUUACUGCCAGCCAGAUUUCCACCAGGCCUCCGAGCCUGGGGGAAUAAGCUGCAUUUCACCUUCCACCUUCCUCUCCACAAAGUUGCUCCGCACAGCAUUAUUUCUUACACCACCUUCUCUGAUUUUCCUGCCUCAUCUUAGCCCAGGAAACUGUCUGGAAAAUGUAUUUAAAGGACAAUCUCUCACCAAAUCAAGUGGUUCUCAAACAAGGGGUUUGGCUGCCUGGAUGAUUUGAAUUCAUUUUAUUACCCUGCCCACUGUCAUCUCUGUGAGGUCCCUGUUUCUGUAGAGGAGCAGAGGGGAGCAAAGGUAUCAUGGACAUGUAAACCACUCCUCGGCUUCUGGCACUGUCGCCCAAGUCCCUUGAAGAGUGCUGGCUCCAUAAUCACAAACAUGCGGCAGAUGUUUUACCAGUCACUGUUUUUCAUAAUACUCUACAAGACUGUGAAAAAUGAAGAUCACAAAACUAACUUUCACAGCAGACCCAAAGUAUCAGUAUGAAAGAGAAAGUGAAGCCAAGGUGCAGUAGAUGGAUACCUAGAAAAAGAUACAGAACUAAGGGAGAGAACAGAGGAAGAAGAGAGAGUGAGACAGUCAACAGUAUCAUCCUGUGUAGCCUUUGAAGCAAACACUGCCAAACAAGAAGUCAAAUACCUUCCUUUACUUUUGUUUCCUGGAGUGUUUGUUACCUUGUAUUUAGGAUUCAUGACAACUGCUGAAAAUAUGAAUGUUUCAGGAUCCUUUAGCAGAAUACCUAUAUCUUCUAUCUUUCUACAGUGUCACCCAGGAAGACCCUAAGCAUGGACAAAAAGUUAUUGUUGGUGUUACCUCCAAAAACUUGCACCAAAUCUUUCUGCUUACUGCCACCUUUUCUGUUUGGGUAUUUCUGAGCUAGAAAGUUUCAAAUACUCUAAUUAUAUUCCAGGCAACAUCUAAGACUAGGCAAAAAAAGUGGGAACAUUUCAUACCUUAGCAGUUGAUCGAUGGUUUUGGUUUGACAGUUAACUAUCGCACUCAAAUCCUCCUACCAGCACUACUCGAAGACAACCCUUAAGAACUGCCAUGUAUUUCAUCACUUCCAGACAGAAGGAAUUCACUGACCAGACAGACUCUCCAGGGCUUGGUUAUUUGCGUGCACUUUCAAGAUUUGACGUGGCUUAAAUGUUAGUGUUUACUGUCCUUUUUUUGUGUCUAGAUGGACUGAAAGUCUGGUAUUGGCAGUGAUGAUGUUACGACCCCAUAAGCACGCUGCUUGUCCUACAACUUUAUUUCAAGUAGUAGACACAGCUUUAAGGGACUUCCAUGGGGACAAGGCAUCCAAAAAUCUGAAAACAGAACCAUAUAGUUUGUAGCACUGAAAAAUUCAGAGCGCUUCAUAUUUGCAGGGUCAGCUUGAUCUUCUGUUUAAUUCAGAAUAUUAAGCUAGGCUUAAUCUAGUACCCAUCCCAUUUUGAUGGCUUAGUCAAACAAGUCUAGCAGAUUAUCAAGUGAAGGCUGCCAUCCUGUUCGCAAAGGGAAACCACUAGAACCAGUGUCUGAAAACUGGCUGAAGCGCCAGGCACAGAGGGUUAUGAACAGGGGAAUGAAGUUCAGCUGGAAGCCAGUCACUAGUGGUGGCUGGGGUUGGUAGUGGGACUGACACUGUUUAACAUCUUCAUAAAUGACCUGGACAAUGCCCUCAGCAAGUUCGCAGAUGAUGCAAAACUGGGAGUAGUGGGUGAUACACCAGGCCAUUGUGCUACCAUUCAGAGGGAUGUGGAGAUGCUGGAGAAAUGGGCUGACAAGAACCUCCUGAAGAAGUUCAACAAGGAGAAGUGCAAAGUCUUAAACCUGUGGAAGAACAAGCCCAUGCACCAGUGCGGGGCUGGGGACUGACCAUCUGGGAAGUGGCUUUCCAGAAAAGGACCUGGGUGUCCUGGUGGACACCAAGUUGAACGCGAGCCAGCGAUGUGCUCUUGCAGCAAAUGCGGCCAACAGUGUCUUGGGCUGCAGUAGGAAAAGCAUUGCCAGCAGGUCAAGGGGGCUGAUCCUUCCUCUCUACUCAGCAGUGGUGAGGGCACAUCUGGAGCCUUCUGUCUAGUUUUGGGCUCCCCAGUACAAGAAAGAUACGGACUUACUGGAGAGAGUGCAGCAAAUGGCCAUGAAGAUGAUUAAGGGACUGGAGCAUCUUCUGUAGGAGGAGAGGCUGAGAGAGCUGGGACUCUUCUGUCUGGUCAAGAGAAGGGCUGGGGGGAAACUUAUCAAUAUGUAUAAAU